CAGAUUGCGCGUCGCCGCGAGGGCUUUCCAGUAGAGCGACGCCGUGGCCCGCAAAAUGGCGGCGCCCAUCCUGAGUGCUGCGCUGCAUGGACUACGGAAGACUAGACCUUUUAGUACUUCUGCUGUUCUCUGGAAAGUGGGAGUACCUCUUGGGCCAAUGCCUAAUGAAGAUAUCGAUGUUAGUAAAUUGGAGGAACUAGAAAAGUACCGUGUCUUCACUCGCUACUUCAAGGAAGCAGAGAAAGCACAAAAGAAACCUCAGUGGUGGAAAACCUACAGGAAAUAUGUCACUCCAGAGCAAGAUGAAGAGGCAAAGAUAGACAUUGGGCUACCUUAUUCUCCGCCACCAUGGAGAAAAACACUUAAGGAGAGAAAAGCUAUAAUGAAACAGAAUCGAGUGGAAUUGGAAAGAGCAUCCCGCCUCCGGAAAUUGUUGAUUCCACUUGAUGAUGUCAGAGCUGAAUGGGAGAAAACCUUUGGCCCACCCCACAAGCAGCGAGUGGCAGAACACUAUGGACUGUACCGGGACUUGUUUGAUGAUGCCUUCUUUGUUCCCCAAGUUCCUUUAAGGGUAGAAUACAAUCAGGAUGAUGAAUACGUUAUGCCAGUUUAUCAGGGGAAUGUGGUGACACCCACAGAGGCUUUUAACCCUCCCAGAGUCUCAUUUGAAGCAGAUGAAGGAUCCUUAUGGACUCUGCUGCUCACCAACCUAGAUGGGCACCUGCGUGAUGCCGAUUCAGAGUAUCUCCACUGGCUGGUGACAAACAUUCCAGGAAACAAAAUGGAGAUGGGCAAGGAGAUUUGCCAUUACUUCCCCGCAUUCCCCGCCAAAGGAACUGGAUACCAUCGCUUCGUCUUCCUUCUCUUCAAGCAGCUCCAUCCCAUUGAUUUCACUGAAGAUGAGCGGCCCGUGCCAUGCCACAGUCUCCAGAUGAGAACGUUCAAGACAUUCGACUUCUACAAGAAGCAUCAGAGUGACAUGACACCGGCAGGGCUGGCAUUUUUCCAAUGCCAGUGGGAUGAUUCAGUUACACGGGUCUUUCACCACCUUCUUGACAUGAAGGAGCCUGUGUUUGAUUUUGUACGUCCCCCUAAAUAUCAUCCACCGCAGAAGAAGUUUCCACACCUCCAGCCUCUGAGGUAUCUGGACAGAUACAGGGACAGUGAUGAGCCUACCUAUGGCAUUUAUUGAAGUGUCUUGAUACUCCGCUUGCCAACGGGACCCUGCAGCCAUGGCGCAACAAAGAACCCUCCCAAGCAGUUCGUGUCUCUGAUCGGGAAAUGGAAAUAUAAGAGACAGCUGGAUUUGAUUUGAAUCAUCACUUUUAUUCACUUAGAAGAGAGAGGUGCAGCUUGCAUCUUGUCUUUAUAUCGGAGACUCUGUCCUUGCGAUGAAGGAAGCAGGCAAGCUGUGUCCAGAGGUCCAGGGCUAUUCAGAAGCUGAGUUUCUGCCUCACUUUCUCAGGAGCCAGAUGCUGUCCAUCAAAUGUUCCGAGCAAAACAGUUUUCUUUCUCUCUCUCAUCAUCUGCUGGGCCAUUUCAGCAAAAUAGCCUCACUUGAAUGGGAUGCAUGAAAUCUUGCAAAGCAUUGAGUUGUUACUAAAACGCUGGACCGUGUGCUGUCUUUAAAGUAUGAAUAAACAUUCUUUUAAAUUCA